AUGCCAGUCGAGCUCCGGAAGCGCAAGGCCGCGGCCCCAGUGCCAGCACCACCUGCAAAGAAAAAGGCACCCGCAAAGGCCAAGAAAGCCGACAGCGAGAAGACUGUUGUCGACAAGGUCCAAGACGCGGUCGUUGAAAAGGUCGAAGCUGUCAAGGAAGCUGUCGUAAGCAAGACCAACGGUGCCUCGACUGCUAAAUCCAGCGGCGCGCCCAAAGUUGGCGACACAGUUGACCUCGCCUCAUUCGGCGGCGAAAUCGAAACCAACGAUGGCACCAAGACGUCGCUCGCGAAGCUCGUAGAAGAAAGCAAGGCCGGCGUAGUCCUGUUUACGUACCCCAAAGCCUCGACUCCGGGAUGCACAACCCAAGUCUGUCUCUUCCGCGACUCCUACACGCCCCUAACCGCAACCGGCCUCUCCAUCUACGGUCUCUCAUCCGACAGCCCCAAGGCAAACACCACCUUCAAGACCAAGCAGAAGCUGCCGUACUCGCUUCUGUGUGACCCCGCGCAGACCCUUAUUUCGGCCAUUGGAUUUAAGAAGGCGCCAAAGGGGACGACCCGCGGUGUUUUCGUCGUUGAUAAGCAGGGUAAGGUGUUGGCAGCUGAGCCUGGUGGACCCGCGGCCACGGUCGAAGUUGUGAAGAAACUCGUGGGCGACGCGGAGAAGGUGCCAGCGAAAGAGGAAGUCGAGGCAAAAGAGAAGGAGGAGGACAAGAAGGUUGCGGACACGGCAGGCGAGGUUGCGGAUUCGGCGGCUAAGGUUGAUGCACCCGCUGCUGCUUGA